AUGGCUGCUUCUUCUACCUCGUGCUCUCUCCUGCUGGCUGCGGCGGCGAUCUGCGCGCUGUCGUCGUUGCCCUGCUGCGCCGCCGCCGUCUCCGGCGGCCGCUCGGCUCACCUGACCGCCGGCUUCACCCGCGUGAAGCUGAGGGAGUCGCAGUUCGUGGUGCAGAAGCCCUACGACGUGCCCCUCCACGAGCGCUACGAGCAGUCCGGCGGCGUCCGCCGCAUGUGGGUCUUCGCCACCGACAAGCCCAUCAGCGCCACCCACCCCGGCGGCGCCCGCACCGAGAUAAAAGUCAACGAGGUCUACAGCUCGGGGGUGUGGCAGUUCGAGGGCGACAUGUUCGUCCCCUCCGGCACGUCGGGGGCGUCGGUGAUGCAGAUCUUCGGGGCGGCGACGCACGCCACCACGCUGAUGCUGCACGUCUACGGCGGCCGCCUGACCUACUACCACGAGCUAACCAAGGUGCUCGCCGACCGCGUCUACGACCGGUGGGUCCGGCUCAACGUCGUCCACGACGUGGCCGCCGGGAACGUCACCGUCUUCGUCGACGGCGAGAGGAGGCUGAGCGCCGCCGGCCACGGCGGGAAGGAGCACUACUUCAAGUUCGGGGUGUACAAGCAGUCGCACCACCAGCCGUCGCGCCGCAUGGAGUCGCGCUGGAAGAACGUCGCCGUCUACACCAAGCCGUGA